CCCCUUGAAACUGGUUCAAUGUUAUCAAUGUUUUAUUAGUGCUGUUCAGCUCAUAGCUUGUAUUUGGGAAAAGACAUAGGCAGCACAGAGGGUAAGUAUAAUGUUUCUAUCUAGAGUGAGAGUUGUCAGAUGUGAUGUAUUUCAUCACGUGAUCUAACCACAAGAAGAGAAGCCAUAUAAGAUGAGGUCGGGGUUGUUGAAGUUACCAGUUGAACAACCUAGACAAAGAAACAAAACUUUGACUGAGAGGUUUCAUCACUGAGUGGAUAACAUGGAGGAGGCAUUUACAACUAUUAUGACUACAGAAAUUAAUUAUACUGGAACUGACCCUUUUGACUACUCAGAUGACUAUGAUACAGGGCCGACUGAAAACACAGGCAUGUGCGACAGAAGCUGGGUCAGGGACUUUCGUGGACAGUACGAACCACCUCUCUUCUGGAUGAUCUUUAUCCUUGGUGCCGUGGGUAACCUGAUGGUGGUUUGGAUCUACACCACUGUUCGCCACCGCCUGAAAACAAUGACCGACGUGUAUCUGCUAAAUCUCGCUGUGGCUGACCUCCUCUUCUUGUGCAUGCUGCCCUUCUGGGCUGCCGAUGCCAUCAAGGGCUGGGACUUUGGCAUCACUCUCUGCAAAAUGGUGUCCGCUAUCUAUAAAAUCAACUUCUUCAGCAGCAUGUUCUUGCUCACCUGCAUUAGCGUGGACCGCUACAUUGCUAUUGUGCAAGUCACCAAGGCCCAGAACCUGAAGAAAAAGAGGCUGUUCUACAGCAAACUUGCCUGCCUGGGUGUCUGGCUUGUUUCCACUCUCCUGGCCCUCCCUGAGUUUAUCUUUGCCCAGGUGAAGAGCGACCAAAAUGGGCAGUCCUGUAGUCUGGUCUACUGGAACAACGAAAAUAACCGGACUAAGAUCCUGGUGCUAUGCCUGCAGAUUUGCAUGGGCUUCUGCCUUCCUCUACUGAUUAUGUUCUUUUGUUAUUCUGUCAUCAUUCACACACUUCUGCAGGCCAGGAGCUUUGAAAAGCACAAGGCCCUACGUGUCAUCUUUGCUGUGGUCUUUGUGUUUGUUCUCUCUCAGCUGCCUUACAACAGUCUGCUGAUAGUGGAGGCUGCGCAGGCAGCUAAUACUACUAUGACCGAAUGUGCAACUGUUAUUGGUUUUGAUGUAGCUGGACAGGUUGCCAAGAGCCUGGCAUACACUCAUGCCUGCCUGAAUCCAUUGCUGUAUGUUUUCAUUGGAGUUCGGUUCAGACAAGACCUCCUGAGGAUUGUGAAGUUGUGUGUUGGUGGUAUGAGCAAAGGAGGGCUCAGUAAAAUAGUUCCCAAACGUCCCUCUGUCAUGUCAGACACUGAUACUACUCCUGCCCUUUCAAUAUAAAUGCACAUUUUCCUAAAAAUCUGCAACCUGAGACCUGAGCCUAGUUCGAUGUGAUCGUAUUUUUCAUUUUGUUCCUCAUGCAUUACUUGCUACUAGCAGAGCAACAUUAACGUUUUCAACUUGUUAGCAAAAACAGUCUUUACAGUUUUAUAUUGAUUUCAUUUAUAUACUGACAGGCACGUUUUUUUCUCGAAUCACUGUAUAAACUGUAUAUUUGUAUAAAUACUGUUUUUUGAGUGUUUGUGUUUUUACAUUUGAUACAUUGUGUAUUUCUCGUGUGCUGCUGUAACUGAAUAAAAAACAAUGGUAUAACAACAAUUAAAAAAUGAGAGAAA